AGUGACGAGGUAGCGGAGAGGAGGUUCGAGCUCUUGGAUGCAGUUGGGCGCGCGCGGUCUGCGCCGCCGGUAACGGCGGCGGAGGAGGAGGCGGCGGCGCCAGGCCUGGGCGCCCUGCUGGAGCUAGGCGCCGGGGGGCAGCAGUGAACCAGUUUUGCAGGAUGAGCACUGUGACUGAAGAAGUUAAGCCAGAAGAUGGCAAGCCGGAAUCUGAAAAGAAAAUAUUUUACUGUGAAGUUUGUAAAGUUCCAUGUAUGAGUUCUAUAAGUCUUCAGUCACACUAUCGUGGUGCAAAGCAUAGAAAGAAAGAGAAAGCCCUGAGACUCAAGACUGUCUAUUGUUCUCCAGCUCCAGUCCAAACUCCGAUGAAGUAUGAAACACAGAGACCAGUGAAGAGAGGACUCACAAAGGACAUAACCUGUCUGAAGGAUUUUAUGAAUGAUCCUAAAAGAGAAGAACCUCUAGUUGGUUUAGAACAUGUGGUUGAAAUCAGAUUUGAAGGAAGAAAAGAGCCGCAUUAUGAGUGCAAGCUGUGUGGGUUUAAUACAGAGAUGGCACCUAUGAUAGAACAUCUUAGUGGAUAUAAACACAGAAGAGCAUACAUCUCUAAAGAAUUUCCGGAUAAAAUGAAGAGAAAGACAACAGAUGUAAAAGAAUGCAAAGUCUCGUUUCUCAGACGGAUAGCAGGAGAGCUAGAGAAGACUGAAGGAUUAAAAAUGUAUAAGAUUGAAGGUUACGUAAGACCAAGUACCUCACCCCCAUCAAAGAAGAAAGCAAGGUGGGAAGAUGAUUAUAAGCAUGAGAAUGAUCCUGUUCGGAAACAGAAAGCUCUGGAGUUCUUGGAGACUUUCCACAUCACCUCAGACUCCGAAGCAACACUUGUUGUUCAUAUUACACAGGAACUCACAGAAGCUUUGAAGGCCUUUUGUGAAAAGAAAGCAGCAGUUAAUUAUACUAGCAAUCUGAGGCCACUGAUGUCAGUAUCUCAAGGUGAAUUUCUGGGAAGGAAAAGCAUCCCAAAUCAUUAUAAGCCAUAUGGAAAAUCCAAAGGAAAUUCUAACUGGAAUCAAGGUUUUCUGUCUCAAUAUGAAGAGUGUUCUGCAGAUGCUUCUUUUGCACCCGCUAACUUAUACGGUUACCAAAUAGAUGAUGGAUCAUCUUCCUAUGGACUGAGAUCUAAUGACUGUGCAAUGAUGUCUGCACUCAGGGACUCUUUUGCUCUUCAGACUGGAAGUCCUGCCAGUGGUAUCAGUGAAUGGCUGAGGCAGUUCAGCCGAUCUGCUUCUGGCAGUAAUUCAGCUGGUGGGGCUUCCUCCUAUGAGACAAGUCCAGUGAGUGAGUACUCGGCAGAAUAUAUGUCCAACGAUGUGCGAGGAAAUGAGCUCCCUGAUAACAGAGUCUCGUAUGGUGGGGAAUGUACAAAUUGGAGGAAUCAACAAGCAUGUUCAAAAGCAAGGAGUAUAAGUGACCAAGGAUUACCCUAUCCCAAUUCUUCUGCCUCAUAUCCUUCAUCUGGAAGAUACUCCACAAACUAUCCUUCACAAAGCUAUUCCUCUUACAAGAACGAUGAGUCUGUGAAUACUUGUACAUCUUCUGCAAAUUCUGCUGCUUCAGGAAGAGGUGGCUCCAGGUGGAACGAGGACUCCAUGUGGAACGAGGACUCUAGAUGGGACGAGGACUCUAGAUGGAACCAGGAGUCUGGCUGGAGCAAGGAAUCUAGCUGGAACCAGGAAUCUAGGUGUCAAGGAUUCAGGCAUCAGAAGUCAGACUACAGGAGUGAUUGGGGUUCACAUCAGUACUCGUUUUCUGGCAGUGGUUCGUACAGGGAUUACCAGCAAUUCAGAAGCUCAGAUAAGAUGUUUGAUGAAGAUGCUGUUGGUCUUACUCCCAACAUUUUGAACAGAGUACGAGGAAAGGAUGUACCUACAGUGACCAGGAUGCUCAAACAGUUGGCUCCAUAUUAUCCAGCACUUCAGAAACUAAAUAUUCAGACAUUAGUCAAUGUGCUAAUAGAAACUAGAGGAAAAGAUUAAGGAGCAACAACAGCUGAACUGGAAACAGACGAACAGAUUCAAGAAUCUCCAUUUCUUGGCUCCAGAAAGAGACUGCAUUUAAUUCUGUGUUUGACUGGGUUUGGAAGGGGAAAGGCAGGUAGGGUUUAAUUUUUUUAACAUGGGAAAUAUAGCUGGAACACAAACUUGCACAUAACAAAGGUGAACAUACUAUUUUGUUUAGGCUUUUUUAAUGUAUUUGUUAUAUCUUAGUAUAUUACAGAAAAAAAUCUUUUGUUACUUUUUGAAAAUAUGUUAAUGUUAUUCUGUCAGCAAAAAGCUAAUCACCUUUUUAACACCUUUCCCAACUCAGAAAAAAAGAAAGGUUUACUUUUGUGUUAUCUACUUAGGAAGAAUAGUCAUUGAAAAUACAGGUCCGUUGCAUGAAAAUACAGGUUUACUUUUCUUCACGCAAUUUUAAGGCCAGUUCAGUUAUUUUAAGGCUUUAUAAUGAGUAUAUUUUUAGAAACUGAUACACUACAUUUCCCUUUAGACGAAGAAAGGAGAAUGUCACAGCAAAGGUAUUCUCUAGCUUAACGUUGAUGCUCUAUGAGAAAAAUGUAAUCUGUUCAAGGGGAUUGGUAUGUAAUGCGGCAUAUUAAUUGCUUUACUUGCAGAGUAAAAAGAGAUGUGAAAUAUAUGCAGAUUUUUUUUAUCAUGUUCAGAAUGAAACUGUUACAAAUCAACUUAAAAACUCAUUUGAUUAAUUGAUCCAUACUGAAAUAAAAAUUCUUGAUUCUUUCUACUGGCAAAAGUAUAUCAAGAAAUAGGCAAUAAGGCAAUCAGAUAAAACAGCAGGGAAAAAUAAAUAACCAAAAUGACAUAUUAACUGAGAAAUAUGUACCAGUUCAUUAUGUUUAUCAGUGGUCCAUGCUUAUGUUUUCUUUUCCCAACACUUCCAAACCACAUGCUUGUGAAUGCCUGGCUUUAGAUGUCUACUUUAAACAGUCAAAUCCAGUUUACAUGGAGCUAAAGAAAAAGAGUAAACUGAGAUAUUUCACUCCCCAGUGGCCAUUUUCCUUUUCACUGCUGUGUUGUGGACUAUCAUUUUUCUUCUCACCCGUACCUGAAAUAUUUCUCUGAUUCUGUGCAUUAAAUAUUUGUGCUAAACCAGAAUUAGUCUUCCAGAGCUGUCAUAUAUCUUUUUGCAUUAGAUUUGUCAUGUAAGCUUUAACACAAAGGCAACAAAGCAAUUAGUGAUACAGCUUAUAAACUCAAUUCUCUAAAAAAAAAAAUCAGAAAGGAUCCACUUUCCUUUUUCGUUCCUGUUCACUACUUCUUUUUCUCCUUCUCAUACUUAUUGAAGGGUUUAAGUAAUAUCUAAUGGCCUGGACUCAGUAGUUGUGCCAUACACUUUUGUCCAUUGAAUUACAGAGUAAACCUUCUUGCUUAAAGGGGAAAAACAUUAUUUUCUACCACAGGUGUCUGCAAGAGUUUUGAUUUAAAGCUCUGUGGGACUGAUCAGUUAUUAUCUUAUUAUCUAUAUUUAAAAACUACCAGAAAUUAUUUCUACAAAUGUUACUGUCAUAGUUUUUUUCCACAGCAAGUGUAGUGCCACUAGAAGUCUAAAACUGUAGAAAAGUGUUACUAGAAAAUGUUACUGCUACAACUCUGUCAAUUCAAAUGAAGACCUUUUCCUCUGAGGUUUUUGUGGAGAGCUUUUUUUUCCCAUUCCUCACUACCUUUGGGAUUUUACUGCCAUGACUGGAUGUCCCAGCGGCAUACAGCAGCUGGCUGGUCCCUGCCCACAUUAGAUGCUCUUUCUGCCUCCGCAUUCCCUUCUUAUUUUUUGUUCUGGGGAACAGUUCCUGUCCCUGCUUCUUGUUGUGCAGAGUCCUGCAUUGGGGAAACGGUUCUUGCAUUUUGAAACAGAGUUGGAAUAGUGACCAAGUUAAGAGAGGAAAUGCAUUUCAGCAUUGAUUUACUAAAGGUUUCCCGAGCUGUAGGUAGCAUUUGGAGUCUUGUAAAUGCCCUUUGCUUCUCCAUUUCAAUUUUCAGUUCUUAUCAAAAUCAGUGGAGUUCUUGAGGUGAUUGUCUGUUGGUUCUUAUACAUAAGCACUAUCAUGUAGGGAAUUUUUUUUAAGCUGGUGGUAUCUUGUAAUACACACUCUAAGCCUGUCUUAUCUCUUAUGUGCAAUUGCUACCAGCAGUGUGUUCUUCUCAGCAUCCUCCAAUCACUUGGCUGAGGCUGUUUCAGCUGCAUCACUGUUUUCUCCUUAAUUCUCUUUUUAUUCAUCUUCUUUUCAAAGAUCUUCCUAGUUCUGGAAAUACAAAGCUUCAGUGUGCAAUUUCUGUACUGAUACUAGCCUGGGUUCCACCACUUGGCACUCCAGGUUUGACUGACUUUUGGUCUAUAGCUGUGACCUCUACAACUGUGUCCCAUACCAGCAAACAGGUAUAGUUGACUUGUGUCAAACAAGUAGCAUCUUAGUUAUUGCAGGAACUCAUUCCUUCAUGGAGUUCGAUUUCCUAGUAUUCAAAUUAAAGUCAAAAAGAAACAGACAGAAGCAUCUUCAGGAUACAAGUCUGCAAAGGAACUGUCUGCCCCUGUGACAGGAGUGAUGAUUUUUCCUUUUUUCCUAGGGCUGUAUAGAAUUGUGGGUGCUGUGCAUCAUUCCCUCAUUUGGAGGGCUUCUGUAGCAUCUUCCCUUCCUCCGUAGGGUCGGGUACUUGCAACUCAGAGUAUUUUCUUUUACAGGACCCACCCUGAGGAUCUGUCUGCCUGUUUCACUUCUUUCUCUCUAGCCAGCAGCUCAUCCUACAAACAUGACUUCUAAGCAAUGGCGACUUUGAAUUUUGUCUUAUUUGUUCUGACUCACUUCAACCCUGCCACCUUUAAAGGGGGAAUCAAAUGACGCUAGGAAAACAAAUCCAGGCUUCUGACCUUCUUUGGCACCUGACCAGCAGUGUCCACAGAGGCACCAGGUAAGAAGACCUCAUGGAAAAAAAAGUGAAAUGUGCCUUGGAAGUUCUGUUAUCCUACUAGUUACUUCUUCAACAGGCUUGCCUAAGACAAGACCUCUUGUUCCUUCUGUUUUCUUGCGUUGGCCAAUUUCCUUGAAUCAACUUCUGCCUACUCUUCACUCCCAACAAAUCUCUUUGCCUUAUCUUGCUCCAUGUAGUAGAGAACUGGAGCAGAAUGAGUCUGCUGCCUGUUCCUCUUUCUCUAGGCUCUGGUCCUUCUUCAGGAAACACCCAUCACAAGGUAGGCAUUGAUAGCCUGCAGAGCAGCAUCACUUUAGAUGCUCGCCAUUCUUCAGCACUAAUACAGCUACACCACAAGCUCUGCCGCUGAGAUGAGAGUUUUGAGGCUGCACCAGAGCCCUUUCAGCCAAUUUCACAUUUCCUUAAAAAGCCAUUGAUAAAAAUCCAAACUAGAAUAUGGUUGGGGGGGUAAACGGUCUACUUUCCAGCCAGUUUCUUGGUCUGUGGUGUACCUGCUUUCACACCUUCAGAAGCAUCUGUUUCCCACUGAGACAGGAGUCAUUCCAGUCCAGAGCCGCUUUGGUGAUUUUCCGCAGCAGCAAGGCUCCUUCAGAAAGUGCUGGAGCCAGUUGUUCUACACCAAAGACAGUGAAGUAUACCAAGGUUGGGUGGAAAAAGGAGACAUCCUUCACAGGAGACAACUUGGGAAAUUUCUUUGUUUCCAGCUUUUUUAGUUUUGUACCGUGGACCUGUUAAUGAUCCUCAGAAUGCUUCCCAGAAAUACUGGGUUUCAUUUGGGUGAAUGUGUGAGCCAAAGGGACAGAUCCUUAGUGGGAAAGGAAUGGGGAAGCUCUUUUAAAUGUGGGGUCAUUUAAUGGAGAAGCACUUUUGAGCCCAGAACUCUGGGGCUCUUUUUUUUCUGAAAAGAACAUACAUAGCGAUCGUCUCAGCCUUCUGGGGAGGUAAGGUUUGAGUAGUAACUGUUUGAAGUCUUUCUCCCUUGUCUUCUUAAACAUAAGUAACUUUGACAGUUCUCAGGUGUUCUCAGACAUCGGUCUUUAUUCCUGCUCCCCCACCUCACCCAGAGCCCAUUGGGAUGAUCCACUGCCCUUAGGACGAUGAUGCCCAGAGUGCUCUGGGAGAGCACCUUGUUUCUAUGUGCAUAAGCUGUGGAGACCAUCAGCCUCUCCACGGAUGGUUCACACCAGAAAAGUGUUUAGAAAACGUUGUUGAACUGUUGCUAUGGGUCUGUUUGCGUAUCACUUGACAACUAGUAGCAGCUUCUCUGCGUGACAGAUGUUUAGUUGUUAACUGCACUUGCCACUUGGCUGUCUGCACCCAGACACCAAAUACUAUAUUCUGGCUGAGACACUUGGGAAGUAGCAUUUUAACAUUGGGGUUUUUUUGAGCAGGAUGGCCUGUGGAACCAAACCCUCUCUGCAUAAUCUCUUGGAACAUCAGCUUGGUAUCAGUGACAGCAUCAGUUUAGGUGUAGGCGCUCCCAUCAACCACAGCCUACCUGCCUGUGGCUGUGUGUAAUUACAAAAUUUGAACCAAAAGGGUGUGUGCGGACUGCCUGCGUACAGUGAGCUGGGGAUGGGAGAGGACUUAGGAAUAAAUCGCUAUUGCUACAGUUUAAGAAAAAAGUCUUUGAAUAAAAGCUAAAAGCUCUCGCCUGUAAACAUAUCCUGAAGAGCAGUGAUUACAGGGAAUAGUGCUGCUUGAGUAUUUUUAAGUGCUUUGGAUAGUGCUGGUGUAAGAUUUUCCUAGAGCAACCUAAGAUAACUUGUUAACUUCUCGUUGCUUCUUCAAAGUUACUGCAGGAGAUAACGUACGACAGGAAUCAGUCACUACUUUUUUUGGUUCGCUUUUUCCACCGUGUCCCUCUCCGUCUGCAACUGGUGAGAUGAGGGUAAGCUUGUGAGAAUUUUGACUGUCAAUCCAAGGGCACCUAAAGUAAGUGCUUCAGCACAAAAAGGAAGACUAUUGGUGUUAAAUGAGCCCACUGAGCAAAGGGAACUAUGUAUCCAGAGCAGUUUAUUGUAGGGAAGGUGUUGAGGAAGAUGCGGUAUUGGACACAGCUGUGAAGAAGUUCUGUUUGAAGGUGUCCCGAGGAUACCCUGAAAGAAGGAGGCAACUAGAAAAUAAAAAGAUAAGGCAAGGAAAAGCGGGAGGGACCCCUGAAGUGUAGAAAACUAGAAUACAGAAACAAACUCCCUCCCGCCU